AUGAAGUACAUCCACUCUGAGGAAGAGCUCGAGAUCCCCGAGGGCGUCAAGGUCCAGAUCAAGAACAGAAAUGUUCUCGUUGAGGGCCCUCGCGGCAAGCUCACAAAGUCUCUCGGUCACUUGGCGGUCAGCUUCACGCACCCCAAGAAGAACCUCAUCAAGAUCGAGCUCCACCACGGUUCCCGCAAGAGCGUCGCCACCCUCCGCACUGUCCGCACCCUGAUUAACAACUUGAUCAUCGGUGUCACCAAGGGUUACAAGUACAAGAUGCGUUACGUAUAUGCCCAUUUCCCCAUCAACGUCAACCUGGACAAGAACAAGGAGACCGACUGCUGGGAGGUUGAGAUCAGGAACUUCAUCGGCGAGAAGCUUGUACGAAGGGUCGUCAUGAGGCCCGGUGUUGAGGUUGAGGCAUCAAAGAACCAGAAGGAUCAGCUUGAGCUGUCCGGAAACUCGCUCGAGGACGUCUCCCAAGGUGCCGCCGAUAUCCAGCAAAUCUGCAAGGUCCGCAACAAGGAUAUCCGAAAGUUCUUGGACGGUCUGUACGUGUCGGAGCGCGGCAACAUCGUUGAGGACGCGUAA